AUGCAUCUCAUUUCUAUUGUGGUAGCUUUCUGCGUUGUAUUCCAGGUCCACCAAACCGAAGCAAUGAUUCCAGCUUACUCAGUCAGCGCGCUGCGUCUAGCCUUUGAUGAAAUAUCAACCGUUCUUCCAAUUGCCAACCAGCUAGCCUGCCUAAUGAUACCCUUCCUCAUAAACCUGAUCAACAAUUUGAACAACUUAUCUAACAUCGUCCAGAACCUGACACCAGCUCUGCUGCCAUACUUCGGCUGUACCUUACCCCUUUUGUAUGCUACCCUAACUGAUCUAGCUUCAGUGCUGUUCUUGUACAUAAGUGUUUUAAUUUCUCUGUUCCGAUCCAAUGUUUUGGCAGCCCCUGGUUUGCUGCUAGGUCUCGUGUCCCAAGUCCUGAAUUUAGUCCUCAACUUGCUUAGUGGCAUGACCGAUGGGAGUGGUCUUUUGAGUAGUCUAAUUAAGUUGAUCACUAGUGUUGUUGUUGAGCUUGAAAAGUUAUUGGUAUCAGCAAACAACGUUAUUCCUGUUCAAACAUAUCCGAUUUACCAACAAAAUGGAUUUAUAAAUCCACCUACUAACCAACCAAUCAAUUUACAACCCUACACUCCAAGUGUUACAACUCAGAAUCAAUUGCAACAAUUGAACAUAUCACCUUCUUCGAUAAAACAAGCAUUAUUGAAUAAACUUCUAACUGGUUCGUCAGCACAAAUGAUUUUAAACCCUAACACGCAGAACUAUGAUAUGUAUUCAUAUAAUUUUCUAAAUAAUCAGACGCCAAGAAAUUUCGUAAACAAUAAUGUUUUACUACCUACUGAAGAUUGGAAAGAUAGAACUAAUGAUAUUAAUGACAAAAUUUCGAGAGAUUCUAAAAGCAGAGAGCGUCUGAAUCGAGCCAAUAAUAAAAAAAUAAAGUCAAAAAGAAGUCAGAAUGAUGCGAUUGAGGACUCCCAAAAGCAUACUGUCAAAGACAUAAACAAAACUCAAAAGAAAAGUAAACGAAACAGAAAUAUACAAAAUCCUAAACAUAUAAGCGUUAUAGAAAAUGGAGAAAGUAAAAACAAGACAACGAAAAAUAGAAGUCGAAAAAGAAAAGAACAAACGACAGAAAAUCCUGUUGACAAAAACAAUGAAAAAAGUGCAAAGUUACGACGACGUAAAAAGAAACCUAAAACAAAUAAUAUGAAAAAUGAUGAGUUAGAAAAUCAGUUUAAUGAUGUUACAUCAAAGUACAAGGAAAGCAUUGAUCUGGAUAUAACUCAAGAUGGAAGGGACAAUGAAAAUAGAAAGACAAGAAAUUCUAAGCAUGAAGUAAACGAUGUACUUAAAUCAUAUCCAAAUUCACCUCAAGAAAUAACCAACCAUUUUUUAACAAACUUAAACCAAUUAAAUAAUCCAUUAAUGAGUAAUUGGUUUGCUCAUUAUGAAAAUCUUUAUCAGUCUUUAUUAAGUCAACCAAUCAUUGUUCCUGAAAGUACACCGAAAAGGAGAAGAAAACAUAAAAAGAAUAAAAAAAGGAAGAACGCUCAAAAUAGAAAUUCAACAGUGAAUACAAAAAGCGUUAACUCAAACAAAUUUGAUAAAGAUUUCGUAAGUACAGAUUUAUAUUCUAAUCCAAUAGUUGAAAGUUUCAAGUCGUUUGAAACAAGCGAUAGAAACAUGAAAUAUACUAGCAAUGAAAUAUUUCAAGAUGGCUACAGCAUAAAUGAAUUUGAAGACAAAUAUCAUCCUGAAUACUAUGAAGGAUAUAUAGAUGAUUAUUAUCCACUGUUCACGGAUAGUGCCGCUUACACAGCUAAUAACAAGGAAAUAAUUUUAAAAAACUUAAAUGAACACAAGUACUACUAUGUAACAGAUAAAGUUGAGACAACUACGCCAAAACUCAACCAAAAACAUCAAAAAUCUAGUUACGAUGUCUCAGAAAGUGCCCCCAAUGAUUUCGAAAUAUUUAAACGUACAUAUGAGGAGGUUGAAAAAGAGAGCAUAAGAAAUGCUUACAAACAAAACUUUGAAAAACAAUUUGAAGAAGAAAUAAGAUUUCAGAGCCCACCAUUUUUAGAAUCACCGGAUUUUGAAACUAGAAAAAUAGACAAAAGUGAAAUUCAAACCACUCAAGCGUUUGACGAUAAAGUAGGUCGAUAUGUUGGUGAUAAAUCAUUCAGUGCAAAGACUGCUAAUUUUAAUGGAGCUAAGAAAAACGGGAUUCAACCACAAACUAAAGAUAUAGAAACUGUAUACGCUAAAUCAAAAGUCGUCGCGUAUGGAACAGUAUAUAUUCCUGAAGAAGAUACUUCAACUGCUGGUCAAUGGGAGGAUAAUCUAACAGGUAAUAUUUAUCAAAAUGGUGGAACCACUUAUAUCCUAGCCAAGUCAGUAGAUGAUGAAGAAGAGUAUAAAUAA